AUGUCGUCGCCUCGACCAUUCACGCGGCUACUAGUCGCAAACAGAGGCGAGAUAGCCGUGCGCAUCAUCCAAGCGGCCCGUGAACUAUCACCACCGAUCCAGGUGUAUGCCAUCUACACAGAGAAUGAUCGCUCACACUGCGAUCUGGGCCGUCCCGAUCAAGCGAUAUCGGUCGAAUCAUCCGCAGCGUAUCUGGACAUCUCCCUCCUGAUUCGCUUGACGAAAGAGCAUGGCAUAGAAGCCGUGCAUCCAGGGUACGGAUUCCUGAGCGAGAGCGCCGACUUCGCGCGUCGCAUGCACGAUGCUGGAAUUACGGUGGUCGGUCCAGGAUGGAAGACGCUGGAGCGGACUGGCGACAAGCUCCGAGCAAAGCAGCUGGCCAUUGAGUGCGGCGUCCCUGCCUUGCCAGCCACGUCGCGUCCAACGGCGGACAUCCACUUGAUUCGGGACUUCGCACAGAAAGUCCAGUAUCCCGUGAUGGUCAAAGCAGUAGAUGGCGGUGGGGGACGAGGUAUCCGUCUAGUCCAUAAGGACGAGGAGCUAGAGCGUGCGGUUCACGCGGCCACCGCAGAGUCGCCAUCGCGGACGGUAUUCGUGGAGAAAGCCGCAGUAGAUGGCUUCCGCCACGUGGAAGUGCAGAUAGUCGGCGAUGGGUCCAAUGUUUGCCAGCUCGGAGAGCGCGACUGCAGCGUGCAGCGACGCUUCCAGAAGGUAGUCGAGAUGGCUCCGUCUCUGAUUCACGACCGUACUCUUGUGAACAAGGUGCUGAAUGCGGCAUUGAGCAUGGCGAAAACUAUUCGGUACUGUUCACUCGGCACCGUUGAAUUCUUGGUUAAUGAGCAUCAAGGCCAAUUCUACUUUCUUGAAAUCAAUCCCCGUCUACAGGUCGAGCAUACGAUCACCGAGGCAAUCUAUGGGAUCGACCUCGUACAGACUCAGCUGCGACUAGCGCAAGGGCAUACACUUGCCCAGGUCGGCAUGAGACCUGAAGCAUUAUGUUCAUCUCGCUUAUAUGCCGUGCAACUACGGUUGUGCGCCGAGAACCCCGAGGACCGCUUCUCACUCAGCACAGGCAAAGUGACGAGAUUCAUGUGUCCUGGUGGCAUCGGGGUCCGAAUCGACACCCACCUGGACUCGACCGGCAACAGCUCUGCGAUAGUCGGCACCCAAUUCGAUAAUCUACUGGCCAAGAUCAUCGUGACCGCAUCAAGUUGGGAGACCACGGUGCUCAAAGCCCGUCGGGUACUGGCGGACACACAGGUCGACGGCGUUCGCACCAAUCUGGAUCUGCUGCGAGGGAUCACGAGCCACCGAGACUUCCUCUCAGGCAACAUCGACAAUCAAUGGCUAGAGUCGCAUCUGACAGAGGUGCUUCAGAUGGAAGCGGGCACAAAACCGGGCGUCCAUAAACAAACCCCAUCAACGGCUAGCUUCACAUCGCUUGCAAACAUCUCAGCGUCAAGCCCACUCUUUCGCGGGGGCGACGCAUGGUCGGUCAUCCUCGAGCCUCUGAGCUCCAACCAGCCGCAACCAGAAGCCAGCGAGCGUCACCACCUCCGGUUGACGCGCGUACUCCGCAACGACUUCCCCACGUCCUUGGCAGCGGAAGUCGAGUACACAACGUCCACGUCUUCAGCAGCAUAUCGGCUCGAGCUCGCGGCCACCGCGACAGCCGCGUCGGCCUUGGUCUCAUCGACACAAAGACGUGGCGACAUCCGCAACCCGCGACACAUCGUCCUCCCACUAUCCGGGAAGCUAAUCGAGAUCCUCGUUGCGACGGGCGAUCUGAUCGCCAAAGACCAGGUAGUCGCAUUUGUCAAGCAGAUGAAGAUGGAGGUGGAGAUCCGGAGCCCGCGCGCCGGCCGUGCGCAAUGGGUGUAUGAGCUGGCAGAUGACGAAGACGAGGUCGGGGAAGGCAUGUUGCUGGUUGAGCUGGAGGACGAGCUGAAAGGGAAAUUGUAA